AUGUCGAUUUCUCUGUAUAAUCUCAGUGCCGGCGGCGAUCAAAUACCAAGAGAGUUUGAUUACUCGACGUCAAGAAUUGCCGUGAUGGGUGCUCCAAAAUGUGGUAAGUCUUCUUUAAUCGUGCGGUGGGUCCACGGCUUUUAUGACCCCAAAGCUUUGGACUACGUAGAGGACAUAUACCACAAGCACGUCCAUUAUCCGGCGUUGGUGCGCAGUAGCACCUCCAAGGAGUACAAGAUGAAGGAACUUCAAUUGAAGAGCCACUCUAUUGAGGGUAUUUGCAACGCUUCGCUCGACGGCUGGCCAAUGUGCAGUGACAGACGGAGUGGAGCCCUGGAUGUGCAAGUGCUCGACGGCCAGAAUCUUGAGCUGAUCGACUAUUCAGAGCUCCGAAGCCUGCAAAUCAAACAAACAGACGGUUUCAUUCUCUGCUUCGAUAUCUCGGAGCCCGAUACGCUCGAGGAUAUCCCCAACUAUUUAAGACACAUUUGGCACCUGAAAGAUCGCGAUGUUCCGGUAGUGCUAUGCGCGACGAAAACCGACUCACAAACCGUGAACAUUAACAUGGAGCGCGUCAUAGAAAUUUGUGAAGAGUUAGAUAUCAACUUCGAGAACUGCUUCUUCGAGACUUCCGCCCUCGAAGACUUUGGCAUAAGUGAGGCUUUUUUCCGCACGCUCGUGCUGAUCGAAGAAUCUAAGCGUAACCUGCGACUAAGUCACCAAAACAUGAUGUCCCAAAAACACACAAGAGCUCCCUCUACAAGCUCCACGGCGCCGGGAACAACUUACUCGAUGUCUCUCACGGCCACCGAGCAAAACUCCUCUCUAAUACGCCAUCACGAAAGCCCGAAAACGAACAUGAAAAAGCCUGUUGAUAACUCGCCUUCACUCUCGCCCUCACCGCCGCCUUCUUCAAGAUCUACGCGGGCUGGGAGAACUAUCACGCCCCGCACCAGCAAUGACCAUUUGCCGACUCGAAAAUCGAAUGGAAAACUCCAUGAGUCGUGUUGCGUUAUAUGUUAA